UAAAACAAAUAGAAAAAGAUAUCAGUACAAUAAAAAAAAUGGAAUUCGAAUUCAUUAAAUUAAAAAAUUUAGCUGAUGUCAACAAAGAUCAAACAAUAGAUAUAAUUGGAAUCAUCAAACAUAUCGGUAAAGUGCAAACUUCAACAACUGCCAAAGGAGCAAUUUUAAAAAGAAAAGAAAUUGUGAUAAUUGACGACACAAAAUCCAAGAUAUCACUUAUAUUAUGGGAUACUCCACAAAUUGACAAUUUUGAAGGAACUGUCAACGAUUCAAUAAUAUUAAAAAAUGUUCAAGUAUUUGAUUACUAUGGGGUCAAAAAUUUGGGUCACCCUUCAAUAACUUUAAUAAAUUCCAAUAUUGAGGAAGCAAAAAGAUUAACACAAUAGUACGACAAAACAGGAAAAAAACAAAAAGAUGAUAUUUACAUUCAAAUAAGCAGAGAACAAGAAGAAGGCUACAAUUUUGUUAAAUUUAAUAUGAUGUAUAAUAAAGCAAAAAACACUAUUAUAGACGUUAUUGCCAAAAUAGAACAAAUUAAGGACACCGAAAACAUAACAUCCGUACACGGUGAUCACUAUGAGAAAAAAGAAAUAAUUCUCAUAGAUGAAAACAACAGAAAAGUAUGAUACCACCACUUAUA